UGUGACCAGACGAGGAGCCACAACAAACUCGAAAGUUUUUUAUUUGAUUUAAUUUAGUUUGGUGGGAAUGGGGAAGAAUAUUAUGGCUGCUGUGUUGCAGCUCAGAAAAAUUCUACCUCCACUUUAUUGUUCAUUGUGUUCCCCUGGACAUGAAGCCAGUGUUGGGCGAUGUAUGAGCUAUGUGAACUUACAUCACUUCAUACAGAGACACAAAUCCACUAUUAAAAAGCCCAUAGAAAAAAACAUUGAUAUUGAAAAACAUUAUGAUACAGAACACGGCUCUGAGUUUUCAAAUGUACAUAUUGGUCAGUUGUCUGAUUAUUCUCCAGAAAAUGAGGAAUCGUACAAGUAUAUCAACCAAAAUUCAGUGCAUAUAUCAGAUAAUGAUGAGUUAGCUUCCAAAGACUCUUCCAGUUUGAUCCAAAAUGAAACAAAAGUGUAUGAAAAUGAAAUUAAACAGGGUCCAACUCCAGCCAUUGGGAUCACAUCUGUUAAUGAGGUGCUUGGAAAUUUACGACGAGAUAUGUAUAAGGAUGGCCAAAAGGUCAACACGGAAACAGUUGGUAGCCUUCUACCUAAGGAAUCAUUAAAUUCACUUUCUAAUGGGAGACCUGAUGUUCAUGGAAAAGACGAAAAAUUCCUUAAAAAUACAUAUAAGACUAGGAUCACGUACACUAGGAAAAAGUCAUGCUCAACAGAUAUUUUUACGAAAAAAAAGAAAAUCAUUGUAUUUGGAAGUGAAAGAAACAGUAAAAAGGUAGAUGUUAGAGGGAUGUCUACUGAAGAGGAUGGUGAGAAGACUCAGGUUAACACAGAUUCACACCAGACUAACAAACCAUCAGAAGCAGGUGAAACAGGAAGCCCUAAUAAAAAGUACAAUAAAUUUUCUCUAGGAUUAAAGGAGGAUAAGAAAGGUGAAGACACAUGUACAAAUGAUUCUUUGCCUGGACAGUGUUCUUCAUCAUAUUGUAAGAAUGCAAUUGGUAUACAAACACUCUCUUCUUCUCUCGCUGAUCAGAUAUUUAGUACAGUUACACCAAAGGAUGCUCAGGAAGCACAAGAGGAUCUUGAGAGAAGCAGAGAUCAUUUACAAGCACAUGGGCUAUGGAAUAAGGAGUCAUCAGUCAUCCCAGAUUAUGACUUAAAAUUACCUCCACUAGAGGACCCUGAUCUAGACCAACAUUUCCGUGUUAUUGCUGAGGAACAGUGUGCUCCAUAUAAAGAUUUGUUAAAUCAACUGGUAGGAGCAGACCUUCCAUAUUUUCCCAGUGAGUGGCACUUUUAUCCAGGAUGGACUCGGUACAAUUCUGAUGGCACCUACACACAGGUGGACUUCCCAGACUGUCAUGCCAUUGUUUUUGAUGUGGAAGUUUGUGUGAAGGAGGGCAGUCAACCAACAUUGGCCACUGCUGUAUCUGAUAAAUAUUGGUAUUCUUGGUGCAGCCAGUGCCUGGUUCAUCCUGAGAAGGAACAUAGUGAUAGUUUUACUUUAGAAGACCUCAUUCCACUUCAGAGCUCUGACACCUCCCAACACCAUGAAAACAGAGAUGUUCCUCGAGUGGUUGUUGGCCACAAUGUAAGUUAUGAUCGAAUUAGAGUUCGUGAACAGUACUUUAUGGAGGGGACUUCCCUACGCUUUGUAGACACCAUGUCACUACACAUUGCUGCAAGUGGCUUAGUAUCAGAACAACGAACAUUGGUAAUGAAGAACAAAAAUAGUGAUAAGAAAAUCAGGCUCCCAUGGAUGUUUGUUGGAUGCCAGAACAGCCUUAAUGAGGUCUACAAAUUUUAUUGUCGUGCAGAAGAUCUCAAGAAGAGCACUAGAGAUGUAUUUGUGAAAGGCAAAUUAGAGGAUGUCCGCAAUGACUUUCAAAAUCUUAUGAAAUAUUGUGCCAAUGAUGUGAAAGCAACACAAAUGGUCUUGGUCAAACUCUUACCAUUAUUCUUUGACAGAUUUCCUCAUCCUGUUACAUUUGCUGGAAUGUUAGAAAUGGGGUUGACAUUCCUCCCAGUUACAGAAAAUUGGGAUAAGUAUGUUACAGCAGCAGAAUCAGAGUUCCGUCAUAUAGAAGAAUUAUUAAACAAAGAACUGGUAAAACAAGUUCAGACAGCUCUUGGUUACAUGGAAAAUAAACAAUAUGAGAAGGACCCUUGGUUAUGGAACCUUGAUUGGUCAGUACCUAAAGGAAGAGUAAAGAAAUUACCUGGUUAUCCAAAUUGGUACAGAAAGCUCUGUGCUCGUACUGGUGAAAGAGAGGGCACCCCUGAACCAGAAAACAUGAGCACAGGUCUUCAGGUUGUACCAAAGUUACUAAGACUCACUUGGGAUGGCCUUCCACUUCAUUAUGAAAGGCAUUAUGGGUGGGGUUACCUGAAACCACUAUACAAUAGCAUUAACGAGAUACCCCAGUCUAAAAUUCCUCCAGUUGAUAAUAAUACUAUUAAAGAUUCACCAUGUUUUCCUAUUAAGGCAUUGUAUGAAAUGUGUUCUGGUAAGAAAGAAUAUCCUGAGGACCAAACAGAACUCUCUGAAACAGAUAAUUAUAGCUUGUUAGUUAAUGAAGAAGACUGGGAGUUAUGUUCUCAAAAUCAGACUAAGAAUGUUAAAACACCCAAACAAGAAAGUAAGCAGGAAGAGAGGUUAAGGGAUAUUGGUAUUCCUGGUGUGGCUUUUGUUCCACUACCACACAAAGAUGGUGCCUCAAAUCGUGUUGGAAACCCUUUAGCUAAAGAUUUCUUGAAUAAAAUUGAGGACAAGACAUUAAGCAGCCACUUUGGAGAUCUUGCAGAGCUUGUAUUGAAGACCACUAAAACCUUGUCUUAUUGGAAGAAUAACCGAGAUCGUAUAAAGUCCCAGAUGGUUGUCUGGCACGACCAUCACAAUCUGCCUCCGUCUGUUACUUCAGCAGAUGGCUAUCAAAAGACUGGCAAAUAUGGAGUGAUUGUGCCUAUGGUAGUCACUGCAGGGACUAUUACUAGACGUGCUGUUGAGCGCACGUGGAUGACUGCCUCCAAUGCCUAUAGUGAUCGUAUUGGCUCAGAACUCAAGGCUAUGGUUGAAGCACCUCCAGGUUAUAAAUUUGUUGGAGCUGAUGUAGACUCUCAGGAACUAUGGAUUGCUGCAGUUCUUGGUGAUGCUUACUUCUCUGGUGAACAUGGAGCCACAGCUUUGGGCUGGAUGACGUUACAGGGUAAAAAGAGUGAUGGGACAGACUUGCAUAGCCACACAGCAAGGAAUGCAGGGAUAUCACGAGACCAUGCCAAGGUUAUCAAUUAUGGACGAAUUUAUGGGGCUGGUCUCCGCUUCACUCAACGUCUCCUGAAGCAGUUUAACCCAAAGAUGUCCGAUGCAGAAAUUAAGGAACGUGCUGAAAAUUUAUUUGCUACUACCAAAGGACAAAAAGGAUGGUGCCUUAAUCAGCAAGGAGAAGAACAAGCCAUUGACAUGAAUUAUCCUUUUACUGGAGAACCAUUAUCUCGCAAACAGAUAAACAGAUUGUUGUGGGAAGCCAGAAAGAACAACAUCGAAGCCACUUUUGAUGAUGUUGUUGAAAGGCCGCCUGUAUGGAUCGGAGGUUCAGAAUCUCACAUGUUCAACUGUUUGGAGGCUAUAGCCAGGUGUGAGGAGCCCAGAACGCCAGUGCUCGGAGCUAGAAUAACACGACCUCUUGAACCGUAUUAUGUUGAUGACCAAUUCAUGACGAGCCGAGUGAACUGGGUUGUGCAGAGCUCAGCUGUGGACUAUCUUCACAUAAUGUUAGUGUGUAUGAGAUGGCUGUUUACAAAGUACAAAAUCUCAGGACGUUUCUGCAUUAGUAUCCAUGAUGAGGUUCGUUACAUGGUAUCUUCAGAAGAUUGUUACAGAGUCGCUCUAGCACUUCAGAUCACGUAA